GCGCCGCUAGCAAAUCGGGUGCAAAGUCUCGCGAGAACACCCGACAACGACUCGAGAUCUUGAACGCGAGUUGAUUCCGUCAUUUUUAUGGGACACUACCGCGUCGACAGGAACUAGCUAGCUAGCUGGCUAAUAGGCGCUGUUUUUCCAAGAAUGGCAACAUCUAAGAAGGGGAAGAAAGUUGUGAACCAAGAGGAGCUCCGACGGUUGAUGAGGGAAAAACAAAGACAGGCAACCGAGAAGAAGCGCGUCGAGUCUCCUUUUGCCAAAUACAACAGUCUCGGGCAUCUCAGCUGCGUCUUGUGCAAUGUGCAGGUGAAGUCUGAACUACUGUGGCCUGCUCAUGUUCUUGGUAAACAACACAAGGAGAAGGUUGCUGAGCUGAAAGGUGCAAAGAGUCAGCCCGUGGCAGCAGAGAGUCAAGCGGUAAAGAGGAAAGCACCAGGCAACGAGGAUGUUAACGGGAAACGGGGUAAACCAUCGUCGGUUGCAGAUCAGUCUCCUUCGGGGUUGCCAGGAGAUGUCUUUAAAAAACCCACCGAAAGGGCACCCGUUUCCACCCAAAAGUCUGCAGGUUUGAGUAUGCUGGCUGGAGUUUAUGAUGAUAAUGAUAACGACGAUGACGAUGAAAAUGCUGAGGCGGGAACCACAAAGCCCCCUCAGCAAAAGACUGAAACUGCGGGAUUACCAGAUGACUUCUUUGACAGCUCCAUCCCAUCCACGCCUGCAAUUUCGCAUUCAGGCUCCAUCCUCAAAGCAGAUGUGCAGGAGAAAGUCACCGAAAAGAAAGACAACACAGCCGAAGCUCUUCCCGAGGGUUUCUUCGACGAUCCAGUCAGAGAUGCCAAAGUGCGCAACGUCGACGCACCCAAGGAUCAAAUGGACAAAGAGUGGGAAGAGUUUCAGAAGGAGAUACGACAGGUGAACACGAAAUCAGAGGCCAUUGUGGCAGAGGACGACGAGGAGGGGCGCCUUGAACGUCAGAUUGACGAGAUUGAUGAACAAAUUGAGUGUUAUAAGAGGGUGGAACUACUGAGAGACAAGCGGGAUCUGGUGAAAAGCAAGAUGCCCAGAAAAGAAGAAAAAAUGGAGACUGAUGACAGUAUUGUGGAGGAAGAGGAGGAUGAAGAGGAAUUGUUGGGGCUUUUGUCCCAGGACUGGAGGGCUAAAGGGGCUCUGUCUUAAGCUUCUCUAGAGAAAAAAAAGAAAGAAAAAAAGCUGUGUAACUGAUCUCAACUUUGUCCAAAACACACUGCCCUUGUAUAUCAGCAGUCCAGUGAAUGUAAAUAGGUUUGUUAAAACAUUCUCCUCUCAUUUGUUUUUGUAUGUUUCAGACUGGAUUAAAGAUAAAAGAAAGAUUUCUCAGUUCAUGACUUAAAAACACAAGGCAGGCCACAAAUCAAACUUUUAACUGUGUUUAUUCAUUGGUGCUCAAACAAAAAGACAUUCAUAAAACCUCAUGUACAGUAGCAGCAUGGACCCAAAAUCUAUAUCGUGGUGGUCAAAGCCGUUACAUUUUGAGCUUAACUAACCAUUGUCCUGCAAAAUCAAGUAGUUGACUAUGUUAAAUUUAUAAAUAAUUUGUACAUGUUACAUGAAAAAGCAACAUGCAAAGCACAACAGAAUUAUUAUUUUUAAAAAUGUAAAAUGUUGAGAUUAAGACCGUAAAGCAAAUUUUUAUCAACUCGACCCCCUUCGCAAGAUGCGUGGUUGAGAAUACAUUUUUACAGAAUACAACAAAGUCUGAAUAUGACGUUUGUUAUGUAAAUACACCAUUAUUAGGCCAUUAAAAUGGAUCAAGUAAAGAGUGAUGGUCAGUGCUUCUUAUACUACCUGUUACAUAUUGUGAGCUAGGUGUGCCAUCUUGUCCACAGCAAUUCUAAACAAGCAACGUCUACAUCAUUUGUGUUAUUGCUACAUAUGCCUCAUGAGUUACCACUUCAAAAUUCUUUGAGUUACUUAAAGUGUUCAUAGCCCUUCAAAAUCUCCAAAACAUCAAGAAAAAAAACAUAGUAAAGAAACUACAGGAACAUAUAUAUGGACUAAAUACAGAAUCACAAUGAGGAAAAACACUGAAAGGGAAGAGAAAGCAAACUUCAGGUUUAUCUUAGAAAAGAGCAUACAAAAGUUAACCCUUGCACUCACUUGUGUGUCUCAGAUAAGUUAGGAAACUGUCUAAAAACCAAACCAAUGCCAAACAAAAACUCAAUUUCUAGUAGUCAUUUGUAAACAUUCAUAAAAUUCUAUUUCCAAAUCUAUAAAUAAGUUUUAGGUGAGCUGUACCAGUUGAUUGUGUUAAUGGGUGGGGACAUCUGCAAUUGACAGCCUCAACAGAAACUAAAUUUACAAAAAUGUUACACCAAGAUGGGACAGGUACUCAAAAAAACAAAA